AUGGACCACAGCGCGAGCGCACACCCGUCGCCCACUUCCUCGGGCGGUUUCGCUCCGAACAACGCACACAACGCCUUCCUCGACCCUUCGCUCUCGGCCCUGCAUGACUUUCUCGCGAGCAACUCGACGGGCUUCCCGGGCUCGCCGCAGGAUGCGGGCGGGUUGGACGGGACGGGCGGGAAUGCAGCCGGCGGACACCAGGCGGCCAACUUGACCGACUUGCUGGCAGAGUUCACGACGAACGUCAUGAGUCCGGAUGCGUCGAGCUCGAGGGGCGGGAUGGACGCGAGUGCGUUGACGCAGGGACUGAUGGGUUUCGGGAACGGGAUGGGAGACGGGUCGAGUCCGCAUGGGAUGGAGGGGCUCGCAGGCGCCAAGUCGGCGCAGGAGAUCCUCCUCGAGCAUCUCAAGCAGAGCUACCCGACCGCGCCCGUCGCCUCGCCCGCCUCGCAACAAUCCGGCUCGCACCAGUCCUCGCCGCAAGGUCAGGCUCCUCCCAUGCAGCCGCCAGGCGGCGUCGACGCGAGCGGCCAGAUCGUGCCCGACUUGCAGCAACAACUGCAACAGCUUUUCGCCCAGACGGGCGUCUCGACCAGCCAGACGCCCACCCCGACUGGCCCGCCUUCCGGCUCGUACCAGCCACAACAGCAGCAGCCUCCUCACCCGCACAGCCAUCACCCUUCACCCCACUCGCACUACAUGCCUCCUCAGUCACCAGCGUCCUUCUCCCACCCUUCUUCGUCUCAACACGCCAGUCCGAUGCCAGCGUACCCCGGCUCGGGUCACCCGUCGCCUUACCCUCAGACUUCGACCACCGGCUCUCCCUACGCCCACCAGACACAACAGCAGUCGCAAUACCCUGCCCCGCCGCCCGGCUCGAGCGCGACGCCCGUCCAGCCGGUCUUUGCUCUCCCGCAAGCCCAGCUCGCCGCGCUCCUGCAGGCCCAGCAGAACGCAAUCCCGAUCCAGGCGCAGAUGGCGGCGCUGCAGUUGAUUCUCAACGCACAGCUGCAGGCGGGCGCACAGGCUCAGGCUCAGGCGCAUGCACAGGCUCAGGCGCAACAGCAGGCGCAACAUGCGGCGGUUCAGCAGCAUCAGCAUGCGCAGAAUCAGCAACAUGCUCAGCAGCAACACCAACAGCAGAUGCAGCCGUUGCAGAUGCCGCAGAACGGCGGCAGUACGGCUGGCAACAGCAUCGACGGCUCGUACCGGGACAACGAGUUCAUCUUCUCGCCCGCCAUGUCGCCUAUCAUGACCCCUCACUCCGCCUUCACCGCCGCUUCCUCCCUCCCUCCGUCCGUCGGCCCUCUCCCCAUGGUCUCGCCAGCCGACCUGUUCCCGCCCCUCACCUCUCCCGCCCUGGGCCCACAACUCUACGGCAGCGACAUGCAGCCCCGUUCAGGCGCCCAUCACGCGCACCGAAACUCGCUUCAAGGGCUUGUCGACGGUGUCGGCGCGCUCUCGACCCAACUUCCGCCCGGCUCGCCCACUGCCUACUUCUCGCCUCGACUUGGCCCGUCCGAUGCCGGGACGAGCACGGGCGCUGGUGCAGGUCGGCGCGGAGCGAGUAGUUCGAGCAAAAAGACUCGCCCGAGCCCGCUCAUCAAGCCUACGCCCGACUCAGCUUUCGACCGGCGGCGACGGAAAACGCAGUCUACCGGCGCAACGAAUGGCGGUGACAAGCGGGUAUCUAUGGGCGGCAGCAAGAGCGCGACGAGUUCGCCGUUCUUCGGACCGCAGCAGGGCGGAAGGAACGGCGGCGGGGUCUCGUCUGCGGCUUCGUCAACGAAGGGUGGCUCGCCGAACGAGGCGGGCAACGUUUACCAGACCAACGUAUCGGCCAACUCGAGCGCGAACGGCAGCGCUGCGAGCGUCGACACGCCUAGUCCCGUCGAUCUGCCCGCCUCGCAACAUCAGCUUCACCAUGUCCACCCGCCUCCGUCGAUGUACGCUGUCUGCCAAGACGGGCAGCCCAUCCCCGCCCCGGCUCUCCCUUCACACGUCUUCUCUGCCCAACCGCCUACGCAGCAACAGCAGUCGGCGCAACAGUAUCAACAGCAGCAGCAGCAGCAACAGUACCAGCAGCAGCAACCUUACCAGCUUGAACCGAUGGGUCCGCCACCGCCGCCUUCGUCUUACAACCCCGUCACGCCCGCUUCCUUCAUGAACUUCGCCUCCGACUUCAACGUCGACAGCAUCUCCUCCCUCUCGCCCUCGCUCAACGCUGUCGCCAAUCCUACCGGCCAGCAGUUCGAGCCGUCUUCCUCGGCCCUUUCGUCGCUGCAGAACAGCCCGGCUCUCCUCCCGCAACCCGACUCCUCCGCGCCCGUCUACGAGGAGGACUUCAUGCCUCCUCCGCAGCCUUCUUCGAGCGGCAAGGCGCCAAAGACGCGCAAGACCCCCUCGGCUAAGCCGUCGCCUGCACUCAAGCCGGUCGAUGCGAAGAGCAAGGGCAAGGGCAAGUCGAACUCGCCUACUGCGGCGGACGGGAGCGGCUCGUCUGGAUCGUCGACGGCGACUGGGGCGAAGAAGGGUGCGAAGAAGGUCGGGCCGAGUCCUCGCAUCGGACCCAGUCCCAAGAUCAAGCCUCUCCUCGGCAGCGGCGCUGCACCCGAUGCGCAAAGCCGCCUAGCCGCGAAGAGCAACUACGAGAACAUCCUCGACGGACGAGGACCUGACUUGCUUGGUCUGCCUCCCUCGAUGCAGUCGGAGCUGCAGACGAACGCGACACCCUCCGGCGCCACCGCCGAGACUCGUCGCUCGUCGCAUAAGGUCGCCGAGCAGAAGCGCCGCGACUCGCUCAAGUUGUGCUUCGACGAGCUGCGCCGAAUCUUGCCGCCUAUCCUCCCGUACACCGACGAGGCGGACCGACGACCAGGUGACGGCAAUGUCGGUGGACAGCGCCACGGCGAGAUCGACCCGGAGAACCCGAACAAAGGUGUCAGCAAGGUCGCCUUGCUACGGCGGAGUAACGAGUACCUCGAUAUCCUUCGCGACCGGAUCGACCGCCGCGACAAGGCCAUCUCGGCUUUGCGCUCGCACAUCACGCAGAUGAGGGCGCAGCUCGGCAUAGAGGAGCUUGGCGAAGAAGAUGAGGAGGUGCCGGGCUUGGACCUUGAUCUCGACAACAUAGACAAGGAGGAGAAGCAGGCGGGCAACCUGGCAUUCUACGAGGAUCUCGACUUUGACCAAAAGGUGCCGUCCCUUGUCGCCCGAAGACCGUCCACCUCGCGCCGUUCCAACGCUGCGAACGGUGCCGAGCCCAGACCGCCGACUCGUGCGACGGGAACACGCCGCUCGGCUCGCACCGCCAAGCUUGAAGAGGCGAUGGACAUUGAGAAGCAGGAAGAGUUUGAAUGA